AUGUCGCGGUACAAAGGUCCUGUAUUUGGAGCCUGUGGCCAGCUGAACCGGGCACAUGCGACAGGUUCGCUGGGUGUGUUUGCGUACUUCUUUGUCCUUCGCACUGUACCUCUAGUCCCUCUGAGCUCUCAGUAUGACUACGUCGAACAUGAACCACAGCUAUUACAGCAGUUACUGCAAGCAAACACCGCCGUCGAGGCCAUCGUACUCUUUGCAGUCUCCGUCCAUGCUGCACCCCGUCCUCUGCGGUGGUAG